AUCGGAUUCAGGCAUCUAAAAGAAGCAGGCGAGAUGCCGAUCCAUCUCCCCGUCACGGCCAUCGAUUCCUCCAACCGGGAAGGCGACCAGUGCUUGUUGCCUCGCCGUGCGCUGCCGUCUCAGUCUCUGCCUCGUUCUGUUCCCUUGACCCGCUGCUAUCAGCGCCUGCCACGCCCCACGUGGCGCUCCCCGAUUGGCGGGAGAGCCGGGUCGGGGGGUGAGGAGGGUGGGGGUUGGAGUGCGCUCGCCCCUCGCCACUCGGAGCCGGGCAACAAAAUGAUAUUCCCCAUUAUCCUCGAUUGGUGACCCCGACCCUCUUUUUCCUCCAGAUUCCCGUACAUCUCAAAGAACCCCAUCUCUCUUCCUUUCUUACUUGAUAUAGAGAGAGAGAGAGACACAGAGGGGAGAAAUAGCGAGAUCUCAGACUCCUCUCCACUUCUAAUCUAAUCUAAUUUAAUGCCAAUUUAAUUGGGUCCAGAGUGCGAUGGAGGCCGGUUAUAAAAGCCGUGGAGCAGCUUCCAUUCCUUUAUCCCUUGUCAACGGAUGUUAGGUCUACGGCAGCGGCGGUGUUAGUCAUAUGCUUCCUCUCCUUGUCUUCUUGGCCGCCAGAGCCAGUCAUGCAGGACUGAGGCCUUGAAGAUGAGGGAAGACAAGUCUUUGUGUGAUAACAUGAUAGAUAGGAAUUGGGUAUUGAAGCGCAAGCGGAGACGGUUGUCAAGCGGAUGGGAUCUCUCUAAUGGAAAAGAAGGUUCCUCGCUACCUUCAGGCUCUCUGAGGAUCAGCUCUUCAGGCAAGAGGAGGCUGAAAGGUGAUAUUGACAUUUCUCGAUUUGCUCGUAAGGUCAAAGGACAUGAUGGGCAUUACUUUGAAUGUGUAGAAUGUGAUCUUGGUGGCAAUUUGCUCUGCUGUGAUAGCUGUCCUCGAACCUAUCAUCUUGAGUGUCUCAAUCCACCCCUCAAGCGUGCACCACCUGGGAAGUGGCAAUGCCCAAAGUGUUGUGAGCAAAAAGAUAAUAUGGAAACAUUAGCUAAUGCAGAGUCCAAUCCAAGACGAGCAAGAACUAAGAGUAUAUUUGAAAAAUCUAGUACUGUACAUAAAUUACCUGGCCAUGGCAAGGCAUCACUCUCUGGUAGAAGCUCCAUUCCAGGAAAGAGUAAAUUAAAUAACAAAAGGAAAGCUACUUUACAUCAUAGAGCUCCAUCUGUUGAAAAGAAGUUCGAAUCCUCGCAUGUUGAUGCAUCUUAUAGCAUAAAAUCAAGCCAUUCAUGUGAUGGGGAAUCCAGAGAUGACAUUUCAACAGCGGCAGAUAAUAAAAUAGCAAAGAAACCAGAUUCACCAUUUCGCUGGAAACGAAGUACUCGUAAGGAAGUCCACUCUCUUGCUAAAACUUUGAGCUCAGAUCCAAGUGAAAAAUCUCAGGAAGAGAUGUCUGACCUGUGCAAAAGUGAUGUGCAAAGAAAGAAAUUUAUUCCUCCAUUAGUUCCAUCCUCUCAGAAAUCCAGAAGAAAAAAGCAAAAGGUUAACAAGGUAGAAAAUAAGAGAUCUAAAACUGAAAAAGGAAAACAUAUUGCUACAGCUGCUUGCGAUGACAUAUCAAAGGAAACUUCUUCAUGUCCAGAAACCAGUGGGUCAAUUCAGAAGCACAAAUUAUUUGAUCAGCAGCAUUCUGCAUCUAUCGCAAAGGAAGAACCUAAAAUGGCAAAAUGUGCUCGUCAAAAACAGGCUGAGGUAUCCCUCGAGGGAAUGUCUCACUCAUCACGAAGGAUAGAUGAACAAGGGUUGGGUAUAGAUAAGACAAUAAAACAUCAUGAGAAUCUUUGGGAUGGAGGACAACAGGUUGACCGAAUUUUGGGGUGUCGGGUGCAAACUAGCACUCUGAUAUCUUCAUUUCAUGCUCAAAAAAUCAAAUCUGCUAUUUCUCCAGAAGAAGCUGAGUCGGAAAGUAAUUCACGAAGGAUAGCAUAUGGACUGCCUUCUUAUAGUUGUAAUGUUUCAGAAAAUCAUGGCAAACAGUUCAAAGAUUGUUAUGAUGGCAGUAAAGUUGCAGAUAAGAGGGAUGGCAAAAGCGCACUCAUGGAGGGAUGCCAUAGUGAAGCAAAAUGGGUUGGCGAAAGAAAAGGUAUGAAUGAAUACUCUAAUGGCAAAACACAUAAUGCUAAUGAAUGUCUGGAUAAAGCAAAAGUUAUGGCGUCGGUCAUAGAAUCUUCCACUGAUCAUUGCAUCAUUGAGAAAACUUGUGAAGUCAUAGAGGACUCUUUGGUAGAUGCCAUAGACAGCGAAGACACUGUUCAGAAAGUCUCUGUUGAAAACAUAAAAGCAGAAGCUGUGAGUUCAAGCAAAAAUGGGAAAUCUGAUACACCGGGGCCUUCUUGCUUAGAUGUCUCUUAUCAUUCAGAAUGCAUCGAUGCCGCAAGCAUGGAGACUCAACCAGAUACAAGUGCUGAAAAUAGGAUAUCUUCCGAAGCAGUGCAGGACUCAGGGCCUAAUGACAAGGAUAGUAUUAUGUAUGAUUUUUUUGUUAAAUGGGUAGGGAAAUCAAACAUCCAUAACAGUUGGGUUUCUGAAUCCCAAUUAAAAGUUUUAGCCAAAAGAAAAUUGGAAAAUUACAAGGCAAAGUAUGGGACUGCUGUUAUAAAUAUUUGCGAGGAACAGUGGUGUGAGCCACAGCGUGUUAUUUCUCUCAGUGUUUCUAAGGAUGGUACAGAAGAAGCCUUGAUUAAAUGGCGCGGUCUCCCUUAUGAUGAGUGUACUUGGGAAAGAUUAGAUGAACCUGUCAUUGAAAAGUCUUCUCAUCUGAUUGCUGAAUUCAAACAAUUUGAAUCUACAACUUUGGAUAAGGAUGCCAGGGAUGAUUUUCCAAGGACUAAAGGUGAUUCUAAUGAAGUUGUUUCUUUGGUAGAGCAGCCGAAGGAGCUUCAAGGAGGUUCACUUUUUCCACAUCAGUUAGAAGCUUUAAACUGGCUACGUAAAUGCUGGCAUAAGUCUAAGAAUGUGAUACUUGCUGAUGAGAUGGGGCUGGGGAAAACUGUAUCUGCUUGUGCUUUCAUCUCAUCCUUGUAUUUUGAGUUUAGGGCUAAAUUGCCAUGUCUGGUCUUAGUUCCUCUUUCCACAAUGCCUAAUUGGUUGGCUGAGUUUGCACUGUGGGCCCCUCAUUUGAAUGUUGUGGAGUAUCAUGGUUGUGCAAAAGCAAGAUCUAUUAUUCGUCAAUAUGAAUGGCAUGCUAGGGAUCCAGCUGGAUCACAUAAGACAACUAAAUCAUAUAAAUUCAAUGUGUUGUUGACUACUUAUGAGAUGGUCCUUGCAGACUCAUCUCAUCUGCGUGGUGUCUCCUGGGAAGUUCUUAUAGUUGAUGAGGGGCAUCGUCUGAAAAAUUCUGGAAGUAAACUUUUUAGUUUGCUGAACACAUUUUCUUUUCAGCACCGUGUGUUAUUGACUGGAACUCCUUUGCAGAACAACAUAGGGGAGAUGUAUAACUUACUAAAUUUUUUGCAGCCUGCUUCAUUCCCCUCUUUGUCAGCAUUUGAAGGGAAGUUUAAUGACCUUACAACAGCAGAAAAGGUGGAGGAGCUGAAGAAACUUGUUGCCCCACAUAUGCUUCGAAGGCUGAAAAAAGACACAAUGCAAAAUAUUCCCCCUAAGACUGAGCGCGUGGUUCCUGUUGAGUUGACAUCCAUUCAGGCUGAAUAUUACCGUGCCAUGCUUACGAAGAACUAUCAGAUAUUGCGUAACAUAGGAAAAGGUGGUGCUCUGCAGUCAAUGCUAAAUAUUGUCAUGCAGCUCAGGAAGGUCUGCAAUCAUCCAUAUCUCAUUCCAGGAACUGAACCUGAAUCUGGUACAAUGGAGUUCCUUCAUGAAAUGCGCAUAAAGGCAUCAGCCAAGCUAGCAUUAUUGCAUUCUAUGCUCAAGAUUUUACAUAAGGAUGGGCACCGCAUCCUCAUAUUUUCGCAGAUGACAAAACUUCUUGAUAUACUUGAGGAUUACCUGACUAUAGAAUUUGGUCCUAAGACAUUUGAAAGAGUGGAUGGUUCAAUAUCAGUGGCAGAUCGUCAAGCAGCAAUUGCUCGUUUUAAUCAGGACAAAACUCGAUUUGUAUUCUUAUUGUCCACACGCUCUUGUGGCCUUGGGAUAAAUCUGGCCACAGCAGAUACUGUUUUUAUAUAUGAUUCCGAUUUCAAUCCACAUGCUGAUAUACAAGCAAUGAAUAGAGCACAUAGAAUUGGGCAAUCAAACAGGCUUUUGGUGUACAGACUUGUAGUACGUGCUAGUGUCGAGGAGCGCAUCUUGCAGCUUGCUAAGAAAAAAUUGAUGCUUGACCAACUAUUUGUGAAUAAGUCUGAAUCUCAAAAGGAAGUGGAGGACAUUCUUAGAUGGGGAACAGAAGAACUUUUUGACGACUUUGAUACUGUAAAUGGACAAGAUCCAAAAGAAGCUUCAAGCAGCAAAAUUGAUGCUGGUGCUGAUGGUGAGCAUAAGCAUAGAAGGAGGGUUGGUGGUCUGGGAGAUGUGUACCAGGAUAAAUGCACUGAUGGUUGCACAAAGAUUGCGUGGGAUGAAAAUGCAAUUUUAAAGCUUCUUGAUCGGUCAAACCUACAAUCAACAGCCUCUGAAAGUACUGAUGGGGAUUUAGAGAAUGAUAUGCUUGGUGCAGUAAAAUCAGUGGAUUGGAAUGAUGAACUAAAUGAAGAACCAGGGGGUGCUGAUAUGGUCGCUAGUAUUGCUGGUGAUGGUUGUGAGCAAACAUCUGAAGCAAAAGAAGAUAACACAGUUGGUGGUAGUGAGGAAAAUGAAUGGGAUAGACUUUUACGUGUCAGGUGGGAAAAAUAUCAGAUCGAGGAGGAAGCAUCUCUUGGUCGAGGGAAGCGCUUGAGAAAAGCAAUAUCUUACAAAGAAACAUUUGCUUCAAUACCAAGUGAAACUCUAAGCGAGAGUGGUAACGAAGAGGAGGAACAAAAGCCAGAAUAUACACCUGCUGGCCGGGCGCUGAAAGAAAAAUUUGUUAAGCUCCGUGCUAGACAGAAGGAGCGGAUUGCUCGGAGGCACAUUAGAGAGUUCCCUAGUUCUGUUGACAAGCCUGAUUUACUGAUGCAACCAGUUAUUCCCUCUGCCAAAGAAGGUGAGGACCUAAAUAUCAGCAAACCUCUGGAUACAGGAGAACAGGCUUCUUCCAUCAAUAUGGAUGAUACCAAAUUAUCUCAACCAUUUGAAACUAAGAAUGAGAGUGAGUCUACUGCAAGACUUGGAAAGUUCUCAAAGCACGGAUACAGAAGAUUUCAUGGAACUCACCUAGAUUUUUUUGUCCGACCUCCUGGAAAUCUUUCUCCUGAUAUAUUUUUACCUAGCCAUCAGUACCAAAGUACAAACUUUGCAAAUUCAAUUUCUAGCAAUCUUCCACCUGUCUUGGGACUAUGUGCUCCUAAUGCUAAUCAGGUGAACUCGACAUCCCAAAAUUUUGGAUCGCUACUGAACCUACCAACAUCAAAUCAUGAACACAGAAAAUUGAGCAAUAGAUUGCCAGAAAUUCCAUUGCCACCUGCUGCCAGCACUGGAGCUUUAAAAGAUACAAACUCUGAAGGUAGAGAAACAACUGCAGAUACAUCUCUAUUGCCCGAUACAUCUGGAGAGGCAUUGCAUCACCAAUUAAAGAAUAUGAUUCCUGACAGCUACUUUCCCUUUUGUCCUCCUCCACCUACAUCCUCCAGAAAGGGCCCCCAUGAUCCUCUAGAUGGUUCAGGUUCUUCUUUUGCUUCAUUUCAAGAGAAAUUGGGUCUUCCUAACUUAGUUCUUGAUGAUAAGCCACUGUCCAAGUUUUCAUAUCCAUCAAGUACUUUGAUGAAGCCACAUGCAGAUCUAUUUCCAAGCUUGUCAUUGGGCACAAAUAUUGAUUAUGUUAAUGGUUCUAUUCAGGACUUGCCAAAUAUUCCCUCAGUGCCAAACUUUAGGCAACAUAUGAGUGAUAAUCUGAAGCAAAAACCACAGAUGGCAGAGCUACCUCCAAUGCUUGGACUAGGUCCAAUGCCAACUGCAAGUUCAUCAUUACCUGAAAACCAUAAGAAGGUUCUUGACAACAUAAUAAUGCGGACUCAAUCUGCAACGAAUAAAUUCUUCAAGAAAAGAUUAAAGCCAGAUGCAUGGUCGGAAGAUGAACUUGAUGCUCUCUGGAUUGGUGUUCGUAGGCAUGGAAAGGGUAAUUGGGACGCAAUGCUCAGAGAUCCCAAGUUGAAGUUCUUAAAGCAUAGAACUGCUGAAGACUUGUCCGCAAGAUGGACUGAGGAGCAGCACAAGAUAAUGGAUGAGCCAUCUUUCACAGCACUGAAAUCUUCGAAGCCUAUAUUGUUUCCUGGAAUGUCUGAUGGAAUGAUGACUCGGGCAUUGCUUGGAAGUAAAUUUGCCAGUCUUGGGACUGAAUCACCUAAGUUUCGCUCUCACCUUACAGACAUUCAGUUGGGCUGUGGGGAUCUUACAUCUGGAGACGGUUAUAUCAGUACAAUGAAUGAGAACUACCCACCACUCACAGCAUGGAAAUCUGACAAAAUUAGAACAAGUUAUGCAGGAGAUUUUUCUGCCCUACCAUUUGAUAGACUCGAAAAAAUUAAGAUACCUUUUAAUCAGUCAUUUCAGCAUAAUUCAUUGGCAGGCAAUGGCUUAGGCUCUCUAAGCAUGACCUGUCCGAGCAGCUGCGCUUUACAGAAGAAUGAAGAUGAAUUUUGUGCUCAAAAGAAUCUUUACUUCCCUAGCAUUUCAGACAAAUCACUGAAUUUGUUACAUGAUUCCCAUAAUAAUAUUCAUUCUGGUGUAUUCAACAGAGUAAUUCCUUUCAGUUCCCAACAGAAGCCCGUUUCUGUUAAUUCUCCUCCCAACAAUGAUAAUGCUGUUGGCAAUUCAAGUACGAACAAGCUUCCCCAUUGGCUUCGAGAAGCAGUCAGCAUUCCACCAUCCAGGCCACCAGAACCUGAUUUGCCCCCAACUGUUUCAGCAAUUGCUGAGUCAGUUCGCCUGCUUUAUGGAGAAGAGAGACCAACAAUCCCUCCAUUCACAAUUCCGGGUCCUCCCCCUUGCCAGCCCAAGGAUCCAAGGAAAAGUCUGAAAAGGAAAAGGAAGAUGCAGAGGCUUCCACAACCGAUCCCUGAUAUUGUGUAUUCUGCCAGAAACUUUGAUCGCGCUGCUUCAAGCACCAUUCCUCCUGUACCACCAUUAAUGGCAUGUGCACCCAGUUUCCCUUGGACUGAUCUCAGCGAAAGCAUCCCAACUCUGAAUUUGAAUCUUAAUUCACCAUCCCCGUCGUCAUUUUUCAGCCAAGGAAAGAAACAAGGCACGACAGUGUCACCAUCUCCUGAAGUGCUCCAAAUGGUAGCAUUGUCUGUGGCUUCUGGAUCGUGCACAUCCCCAGCAAGUGACAUGCCUGGCACUAGCUGUCAAAGAACUGAAUUGCCUGUUCCACGAGAUUGUGAAAAUUUUGAACGAGAUGGAAAGAGUCCGAUUGGAGAUUUCAAGGGCAUUCGUGGGAAGCGAAAGGCAAGCAGGAACUCUCUUUUAGGUUGUUGGGGGAAACUAACAGAUAAGCAGGUUGAUCAUGCACAGAGUGGAGACUCGAGUAAAACUCAGUCAGAUUCAGAUCAAAUAGACCAGCUCAAUAUUGAGGAAAUUUCAUCAGAAGAAACUGUAUCAGAUGGAAGUGAACAUGAACUAUAAACCUCCUGGUAUUUUUGGCCUUCGCCUUUUCCCAUAUGCUACGCAAUUUGGGUCCCCGAAUGUGCCGCUUCUGUACACAUGGUUCAGAGAGUGUCAUCUGAGAGCAAAUGGGAUGAGACAUCUCUCUGUGAAGUUCCUAUAUAAGAAAUAUAAUCUUGCCAGCUUGGCAUUGUUUGUCUCAUACUCGAUUUCUACAAUUCAUUAUAUGGUUAAAAAGACAUUCUGUUCCUUCACA